AUUUCAAGGGCGGCGCAAUUUUCUUCCAACACUCCUCAACUCUAUAACUAUAACUAUAAGUCAAAUCGAUCUCGUACCUGUUCGUGUUCAACUCAUUUCGUCCAUCUCUGCAAAUUCGAUCAGUCUCCUCCUCCGCUUCCAUCUUCCGCAAACAAACUUUUCAGCUUUUACUGGUGCUGUUUUCCGAACCUGGAACACCUGAUUUCAGGUGUUGGUGGUCUAUCGCCGGUGAGUGAAGAAAGGAGUUACUAUGCAAAUCGUUGAGCCGUGAUUUCUAUCUAUUGAACACGAUGCAGUCGGGAUAUGACAUCCACAAGCUGUUUCAAGAAGCCCAAAAUCGUUGGCUGAAGCCUGCAGAAGUGCUUUUCAUUUUACAGAAUCAUGAAAAUCAGAAGCUCACUGAAGAGCCCCCUCAAAGGCCAUCAAGUGGGUCUUUGUUCCUUUUCAACAGGAGGGUCCUUCGGUUUUUUCGUAGAGAUGGUCAUGUUUGGCGAAAAAAGAAGGAUGGCAGAACUGUUGGAGAAGCACAUGAAAGGCUUAAGGUUGGAAAUGUUGAAGCUUUAAAUUGUUAUUAUGCACAUGGAGAGCAGAAUCCAAAUUUUCAGAGACGAAGCUAUUGGAUGCUUGAUCCGGCACAUGAGCACAUUGUCCUUGUUCACUACAGAGAAAUUAGUGAAGGAAGGCACAAUUCUGGAUCAAUAUCUAACCUGUCUCCAGGCUUCUCUUCUACCCAAAGUCAGAGUCCCAGUUUUUAUGCUGACCAAAAUCUAAGCUCUUCUUCUGAAAUGAAUGAAUUUUAUGAAUCAUAUCAUAGUUCAGUUAGUCCAGGAUCUGUGGAAGUUAGUUCUGACUCAGUGAUUUGGAAUAAUGAGGUGGAUCAUUUGGAGGGAAUAGAUAAAGUGGUAGAAUUUAGAAGUUCAUCAGAUCCUGAGAUUAAUCAAGCACUACGUAGGCUUGAGGAGCAGUUGAGUUUAAAUGAUGAGGACUUGGCAGAAGAGCUUUCUUCAUACUACCUUCAAAAUGAGAAAUCCAAAGGUUCAGUAAUUCUAGAUUAUGGAAAGGAGAGCUUCAACGAGAAUGAAGAUGUGGUUCUACUACAUAGAUCAGAAUGCAGUGGACAUGGUCAACAUUUUAGUGGUAAUGUUAGAAAGGGAGAUGAUUCAAUCAACGGCCGGUUGCUAAAGAAUGCAGGUGAAAACAGGGAGCACCUUCUUCGACCAUCUGUUCCAGAAUAUACAAUUGAAACAAAAGAAUCUCCAUCUUGGAAAGAGAUGCUAACUGUGAUCGAUUCCCAAGAGAAAUUUUACACACCAAAUGGAAAUGAAAAUUCAUCUCCAGGAAGGGGGGAAAUCUCUUCAAACCUUUAUGAACAUCAGGAAAAUUGGCCUUCUCAGUGGCUAGAUUCUGAUGGAUGUAAUAGAGAACAUAGGAAUACUUACAACACAAAUGAAGAAAUGCAACUAUCAGCAGCUCGGCAAUUUCUAUUAGGCUCUGAUAGUUUUGUUGAAUCACCAUCUUCAACACCACUACUUCAAGAAGCUGAAAAUUCCAAAGUUUCUGUAUGUUCUUCUGGAACAAACAUGUAUGAAGCCAAUGCCAACUAUUAUAAGAUGUGGUUUGACCAAGGAAUUCGGCUUGGAGUUCCUCUUGGAGCAGAUUCAAGUUUGACUAUUGCACAAAAACAGAGGUUCACCAUUUCUGAAAUCUCCCCAGACUGGGGUUAUUCCAGUGAAACUACAAAGGUAAUUAUCACUGGAUCCUUUCUUUGUAGUCCAUCCGAAUGUGCCUGGAUGUGUAUGUUUGGUGAUAUUGAAGUUCCUGUAGAAAUCAUCCAAGACGGUGUUCUUCGUUGCCAGGCUCCUUCACACGUUCCUGGAAAAGUCACUCUAUGCAUCACAUCAGGAAAUAGGGAAGCCUGCAGUGAAAUCAAAGAAUUUGAGUACCGCAUAAAGCCAAUGAACUGUGAGCACUGUAAUUUACCCCAGGCAGAAGCUAAUAUGAGUACAGAAGAACUGCUGUUGCUUGUCAGAUUUGCACAGAUGCUUCUAUCUGUUACAUCUACUGAAAAGGAAGAUAUCAUUGAAUCAGGAGUCAACCAAUUGAGGAAAUUGAAAGUUGAUGAAGAUCCAUGGGGACGUAUUAUAGAGACACUCUUACUUGGCAGUGAGACCCCAUCCACCACCAUGAAUUGGCUUCUGCAAGAACUUUUAAAAGACAAGUUGCAGUGGUGGCUUUUGUCCAAAUAUCAGAAUGAAGGAGAUACACCUGGAUGUCACUUGUCCAAGAAAGAGCAAGGGAUAAUACAUGUGAUUUCUGGAUUGGGCUUUGAGUGGGCUUUAAACCCAAUUCUUAAUUCUGGUGUCAGUAUAGAUUUCCGUGAUGUUAAUGGAUGGACUGCCUUGCAUUGGGCUGCACUGUAUGGAAGGGAAAAGAUGGUUGCUGCACUUCUAGCAUCUGGUGCAUCAGCUGGGGCGGUGACAGAUCCCACUUCAAAAGAUCCAACUGGUAAAAGUCCAGCUUCCAUUGCUGCUGCCAGUGGUCACAAGGGACUUGCAGGGUAUCUUUCAGAGAUGGCACUAACAAGCCAUCUUUCAUCCCUCACAUUGGAAGAAAGUGAACUUUCUAGAGGUUCUGCUGCUGUGGAGGCAGAAAUAACUGUUGAGACCAUCUCAAAGAGAAGCCUUGGUGCCAUUGAUGAUCAACUUUCUCUUAAAGAUUCAUUGGCUGCAGUUCGAAAUGCAGCUCAGGCUGCUGCACGUAUCCAAUCUGCUUUUCGUGCACAUUCUUUUAGGAAGAGGCAACAGAAAGUUGCAGCUGCUGAUAGUGUUGAUGAGUAUGGCUUUGCUCCAGAUGACAUUCAUGGGCUUUCAAAGUUGGCCUUCCGCAAUCUCCGUGAUCACAGGUUGGACAAAGCAGCUUUGUCUAUUCAGAAGAAAUAUCGUGGAUGGAAAGGGCGCAAGGACUUUUUAGCACUGCGGCAGAAAGUUGUCAAGAUUCAGGCUCAUGUGAGAGGUCAUCAGGUAAGGAAGAAAUAUAAAGUGCUAUGGGCUGUUGGUGUUUUAGACAAGGUUGUGUUACGAUGGCGCCGGAGAGGAGUUGGUUUACGAGGAUUUCGGAAUGAAUCUGAGUCCAUUGGUGAAAGUGAAGAUGAAGACAUCCUCAAGGUGUUUCGAAAACAGAAAGUGGACGUGGCUAUUGAAGAAUCUGUGUCGACUGUGCUGUCUAUGGUUGAGUCUCCAGAUGCCCGUCAGCAAUAUCGUCGCAUGCUUGAAAGCUACCGUCAAGCCAAGGCAGAAUUGGGCGCCAUGGCAAAAAAUAUUGCAUCCACUUCACAAGGAAAUAUUGACUAUAUGGAAAAUGAUGGCAUGAUGUCUCAGUUCCCAUUUGAGCAUCUGUGAAUCAAAAUAACUUAUGGAUUCUUUGAUAAUCUGUAUUUUAGCUUUGCCUUGUAUAUGGUAAUCGUAUUCAGCAGUUGUACAUAUUUUGUUUUGGUUUAGGAAUAGAUGCAAAUGAUUGUGAUUGGUCAUGUAUGUCAUAUGUGCCUCUCAAGGUUCAAACUAUGAUGUAAAUGUUGUUUCGUAGUUGCUGCAAGUGUUGCUUUUCAUUUAUUUUAAAGGUUUGGAAUAAUAUAAGGCUAAUUCACAUUA